AAAAAAGUGAUACCGCCAUGUUGUUUGAAUGAGGUGUCAGCAUUUAAUCAACGUGACUUAAUUUUGGGUGUGGACGCUCUUCCUAGCUUGGAAGUUUUAUACUCCGAUGAGUUUGUAUUUAACUCGAAUUCUAAUAAAAUAAAUUACAGAAAUCUGUAUCUGGAUUGUUUUAAAUAUUGAUAUUAUCCGUAUUGGAUUGAAUACGCCAAGAUGCCGAAACUAAUGAACGUAAGGGUUACCACCAUGGAUGCUGAGUUGGAGUUUGCUAUUCAGCAAACUACCACCGGCAAGCAAUUGUUUGAUCAAGUUGUAAAAACAAUUGGACUUAGAGAAGUGUGGUUCUUCGGACUGCAGUAUACAGAUAUUAAAGGUGAUCAAACAUGGAUAAAGCUGUACAAAAAGGUUAUGGGUCAAGAAGUAAAGAAAGAAAACCCAUUGCAAUUCAAAUUCCGUGCGAAGUUUUAUCCGGAAGAUGUUGCAGAGGAGCUCAUUCAAGAUAUUACUUCUCGUCUGUUCUACUUGCAGGUGAAAAGUGCCAUUUUGACCGAUGAAAUAUAUUGCCCUCCUGAAACUUCAGUUUUACUAGCCUCAUACGCUGUUCAAGCUCGCCACGGUGAUUACCAAAAAAAUAUUCAUGCGCUUGGAUUUUUAGCCAACGAUCGUCUCUUACCUCAACGUGUAAUGGAUCAACAUAAGAUGAGCAAAGAAGAAUGGGAAAUAUCCAUUACCAAUUGGUGGCAGGAACAUCGAGGAAUGCCCCGUGAAGAUGCCAUGAUGGAGUAUUUGAAGAUAGCGCAGGACCUUGAAAUGUACGGAGUCAAUUAUUUUGAAAUUCGUAACAAGAAGGGUACUGAACUUUGGCUAGGAGUUGAUGCAUUGGGUUUGAAUAUCUAUGAGAAAGAUGAUAAAUUGACGCCUAAGAUCGGAUUUCCUUGGUCAGAAAUUCGUAAUAUUUCUUUUAAUGAAAAGAAGUUCAUCAUUAAACCUAUUGACAAGAAAGCACCAGACUUUGUGUUUUUCGCUGCUAGAGUAAAAAUUAACAAACGUAUUUUGGCUCUGUGUAUGGGAAAUCAUGAACUGUAUAUGCGAAGAAGAAAACCUGAUACAAUUGAUGUACAGCAAAUGAAGGCUCAAGCUAAAGAAGAAAAACUUGCUCGUGAAAAACAACGUGAAAAAUUGCAAUUGGAAAUUGCAGCUCGUGAAAGAGCCGAAAAGAAACAACAAGAAUAUGAAGAGCGCCUCAAGAAUAUGACCGAGGAAAUGGAAAGAAGACAAGCUGAGCUGAAUGAAGCUCAAGAAAUGAUCCGCCGAUUGGAAGAACAACUCAAGCUUUUGCAAGCUGCCAAAGAAGAACUAGAGGAUAGACAGAAGGAAUUGACAGUAAUGAUGGAGAAAUUGGAGCGCUCUCAUGAAAUGGAAGCCGCUGAAAGAGCAAAAUUAGAAGCUGAGAUUUACAGUAAACAAGAGGAAGUAAAACGAAUCCAAUCUGAAGUAGAAGCUAAAGAUGCUGAAGCUCGACGAUUACAAGAAGAAGUAGAGGCUGCAAGAUUGCGCCAAGAAGAAGUUGAUAAGCAAUAUCAAGCUACCAAUAAUUAUCACGUUGAAGAGAAUGAAGAGGAAGGAGAAGAUGGAGAUGGAGAAGCCAAUGGUGAUGUUACUAAAGAGCUGACAACAGAUGAAUCAAUUAUUGAUCCCAUUGAAGAGAGACGAACUCUGGCUGAGAGAAAUGAACGCUUACAUGAUCAACUUAAAGCUCUUAAACAAGAUCUUGCUCAGUCUCGUGAUGAGACCAAAGAAACGGUCAUGGAUAAAAUCCAUCGAGAAAAUGUACGUCAAGGACGUGAUAAGUAUAAAACCCUUCGCGAAAUCCGUAAAGGUAAUACAAAAAGGCGCGUGGACCAAUUCGAAAAUAUGUAA